GCGGCUGCUCUCUGAGACCGUGGGGUUGUGUCCAAAUGUAUUGUUGUUGUCUUGCUCGACGUACUCGUAAAAAAUUUUAUCAAUCAUUCCCGGUUAUUCCUUUACAAUCUUCCAAACCAUCAAUUACUUCACUGUCUACGGAUUCAGCAACAUCGUCAAGUGAUAUAUUAUUCCAAGUCGUAACAUUACGAAACCGCCUGGAUGCAGUGGAAUUGCUUUUGAAGGACUAUGUGAUCGACGACACUUAUUUGGUGAAAUUGGAUAAAAAUAAAGAGAGUACCGCCACCAAAGUUAUCGCCAAAUCCACACCUACUCCACAAAAGACUUCUCCCGAGGAAGUUCAAGAUAUUCAAGACGCAUCCAGCAAAGAAUUGCCUGUCACUCACUUGGAUAAUGAUAAUACGUCUUCACAAAUUAAUCAACAACGUGCAACCGAUUUUCUAACUACUAUUGAAUCUAUUGACUAA